AUGAGACACACACCCAGGACACACAACACUUCGCACAAUGAUGCACACAGCGAUACACACCCAGGACACACAACAACACACAAUAAGAAACAUACUUGGACACGCCCUAGUACGCACAAUGAUGUGCAGAAUGAGAUUCACAACGAGACACACACCAGGAUACACAACAUUACGCACAAUGAUGCCGACAACGAGACACACAACGAGGCACAACAUCGGGACACCAACACUACGCACAAUGAUGCCGACAACGAGACACACAACGAGGCACAACAUCGGGACACCAACACUACGCACAAUGAUGCCGACAACGAGACACACAACGAGGCACAACAUCGGGACACCAACACUACGCACAAUGAUGCCGACAACGAGACACACAACGAGGCACAUCAUCGGGACACCAACACUACGAACAAUGAUGCCGACAACGAGACACACAACGAGGCACAAUAUCGGGACACCAACACUUUGCACAAUGAUGCCGACAACGAGACACACAACGAGGCACAACAUCGGGACACCAACACUUUGCACAAUGAUGCCGACAACGAGACACACAACGAAGCACAAUAUCGGGACACCAACACUUUGCACAAUGAUGCCGACAACGAGACACACACCGAGGCACAACAUCGGGACACCAACACUUUGCACAAUGAUGCCGACAACGAGACACACAACGAGGCACAAUAUCGGGACACCAACACUUUGCACAAUGAUGCCGACAACGAGACACACAACGAGGCACAACAUCGGGACACCAACACUUUGCACAAUGAUGCCGACAACGAGACACACAACGAGGCACAAUAUCGGGACACCAACACUUUGCACAAUGAUGCCGACAACGAGACACACAACGAGACACAAUAUCGGGACACCAACACUUUGCACAAUGAUGCCGACAACGAGACACACAACGAGGCACAAUAUCGGGACACACAACACUUUGCACAAUGA